AAGCAACAAAAAAUUCAUUCUACUUGAUAUGUAUACAUGUAUAUUUUAAAAUGAUUAUCAUCGUGAAAAUACGUGAAUCUAAUACCAUUGGCAACCAAGGUGGAAAACAAAAGUUUACGCAUGCGUAUAAUACGAAAAUCUAAUAACACUGUUUUGUUUUUUGUUUUGUAGUUUAAGAGGAGAAGAAGAAUGGCCGAUUCUUUGACAAAGUACGGACUUUAUAUUGAUGAUCUAAGUAAGAUUUGUAUUUUAGAACCGGAAGUAGCUAAUCAGACGAAUAAAUUAAAGGAGGAAUGUCAAAAUUUCGUUACCAGAAUCAUGGAAUUUCAAAAGAAUUGUAAUAAAUUCAUCGACAUGACCGACAACUGGGCGAACGAGGUUGAAAAAGAAAAAAUGCGAACGAUCGGCGCGCGAAAUUUAUUACGUUCGGUUGAAAAGCAACGUGAUGCGCAGAAACAACAAAUGCAGGCAUUGAUCAUGGAGAAAUCAAUGGAAUUAGAACGUUUGAGGAUACAGUAUGACUCAUUAAAAAAAAUUGAAAUGGAACAAAUGGAAACGAUUGAACAUUUAACAGUAAAUUGAAGUUCAAUUAGACGCAACAACAACACAACAACAACAACAACAAUAAUAACAACAACAACAAUAAGGACAACAACAACAAAACUAUCCUUCACAAUUGUAUCAUGAUAUUGAGAGAAAGAGAGCUUAUUGAAAAAUGAAAAAAUGAAAGAAAGAAAAGUAAAAAAGAAAGAAAAAAAA